AUGUUCUUUGGAAAAGCAAAUUCAGUGGUAUACAGUGGGGAAUUUCAAAAAAGAGGGCUACCACAUGCUCAUAUUGUAUUGUUUCUUCAUCGAGAUAAUAAAAUUCUCAAUCCUAAAGAUAUAGAUGGAAUUAUAUCUGCUGAGAUACCUGAUAUAAAUCAAAAUCCAACUUUGUAUAAAAUAGUUACAAAUUUGAUGAUGCAUGGACCAUUUGGAGUUUCAAACAUGAAAUCACCUUGUAUGAGAGAUCAAGCGUGUAUGAAACAUUUUCCCAAGAAAUUUAAUGAAUUUACUUCAAUUGAUGAUGAUAGAUAUCUUGUGUAUAGAAGAAGGGAUAAUGGUGCACAAGUUGAAAAGAGUAGGGUUUUAUUGGAUAAUCGGUUUGUUGUUCCUUAUUAUAACCUUAAAAUUCUUUUAAAAUAUCGUGCACAUAUUAAUGUUGAAUGGUGCAAUCAGUCUCGCGCAGUUAAAUAUCUAUUUAAGUACAUCAACAAAGGGAAUGAUAGAGUAACUGCUGGUUUAGUUAGAAAACAAAAAGAUAGUGAUGAUGUCAUAGUUAUUGAUGAGAUACAAGAAUACUAUGAUUGCAGCGUGCUUCGAGAUUUGGCAGAGUUCGAGACCGCAUUGCGACACUUUUGUGAGCUCACGGGCCCAUUCCGACAUGCUUUGAGUCCCGUUGGGUUUCGUUUGUACUUUUGCCGCGUUCUCAUGAAGAAAAGUAAGUACAAGAUGAUAGGCCGUGAUUUCAAGCAAGAAAUUGUAGUGAACAGACCUUCAGUUGAUCGAUCUAUGUAUGGAAUCGAUGGGAUCAUGAAUGGACACCACGUAAGAAAGAGUUUUCAAUUGGCAGAUUGUCCCACAUGCUUUGAGGAUAUAGGAACUAUAAAUGGAGUUGUUUAUUAUUCAUUCAAAGAUCCAUGUUAUGCAAUGGGCAUAUUAGAUGACGAUAAAGAAUAUGUUGAUGCAAUUCUACAGAGGCAAUUUAGAGAUAGUUGCAAUAAGCUCAUAGCUGAUGAGCUUAGAUUUGAUAGAGAAGCUAUGAGUGUUGAACAUAAAAAAUUGUUAAAAUGUUUAAUAGAUGAGCAACGUGGCAUUUAUGAUGAGAUUAUGAGAGCUAUCUCCAUUGGUAAGGGGGGCGUGUAUUUUCUUUAUGGACAUGGAGGUACAAGAAAAACAUACAUGUGGAGGAAAUUAUGUGCAUCCAUACGUUUCAAACGUGACAUUGUGCUUCCUGUUGCUUCAAGUGACAACGCAUCACUUCUCUUCCCGAUGGGAAGCACUGCUCACUCUAGGUUUGAGAUACCAUUGAAUGUAACUCAAGAUUCUAUGUGUAGAGGUGUUCAACCCGUAGCGAUUUAA